GGACAGUUUCAAGGGAUGGUGGGGUUGAGAGACUCAGCUUGUCGAAAUCUCUCACGAGGUACUAGUAGGACGAUAUAGUAGAGUGGAAACGAAGCGAUGGUAGAGUUUAUCUUCAUCAUGCCAACUCGUGGCCGCGACUUCCCCAACAUGGAUCGUGAAUUUCUUGAGGGAAAGCAACAGGAGAAUGAAAGGAUUGUUAGACCUAAGGGGCUCAGCUUUCUCACAUCCAUGUUAAAAUCGACAUAUCGUAAGAUCCCCUUUCAGACCACCCAAGAUCCAGAGAGGGAUGCGGUCAGCAUGGAGCGCAUACCUAUCGCCGAGCUCUCGCCGGAGCUAGCCUCCGUCGAAUCGAAGCAGUUCAAAGCUGUUGUAACCCUUGUCUGGCCGUACUCAUCCUCCACACGACAAUGCGCUUUGCUUCUUGCCGAGCACGACUUCCGUCUUCGACGCAAGAAGGGUCAGGUCAGGGUGCGCUUCUCGGGGGCUGCUGCGAAAGCACUUGCGGAGACUGGCAUUGGCAUUUCAGAUGAUGUUGAAUUGGGCUUGCAAGGUGCGCAGUUUGUGGAAAAUGACGCUGAAGUUAGCACACCUGGAAAGAGCGUUGAUUGGGAGCUCGCAUAUUCUCUGACAUUGAUCGUGAAGAUAUAUCGUGACGGGAACGAGAUCGCAAAUCUAGAUAUUCACAAUGCGUCGCCUGUCCGACAGCCCGGCCAACAACCAAUUCUUGCGACUCCUAUCCAGACUAUCCGCCCCCCAAGCGAUAUGCAACAAUGGUCUACACCUGUUGCUUUUCUCAAGCGUGCUAGGCUUUUGGAUGGGCCCUCCUUUGGAGCCGGCUAUGACCCCCUGGCUCAAGAUGGAGAAUUGGACAAUGAUAGAAAGAACAAGCGGCGCAGGAAGUCUUACAAGGACUGGGGUGUGUGGACCUACUCGGCGAGAACCCCGUCUCCGGAGAAAGAAGAUGUGGACAUGGAAGAUGAAUACGACGAGAUAUUGACUUCGCCCAUACGGCAGACGCUACUUCCCGCAACCCCAGUACUUCCACCCAAACCCAGAACCUUCUCUGUUGCAACACCCCCCCUCAAAGAUUCUGGAGGGGAGGCAAAACACGAUGAGCCCAUGAAGACAUCGCUGGCAUUUGAGAACGGCGUGGUUGAAAAGCGUAAUAUCGCUGAGAAGACCGCCUCCAACAAAUCGCUAAAUGAUGAUUUCGUACGCGACGCUGACUAUUACGACUUGUACGCCGGUCCUAAUGAAUAUCCGCCGUCAGAAGUGCAAUAUGCUUAUGGGGGCGAUACCGAAUCGAAUACGGAGGAAGAUGGUAGCCAGGAAGGACACCGGACUACCGAGAUUUUAAAUGUUGCGGAAGUUGGCUCUGAGGAACCCUCUCAUGAUCAACAACCCCACGAGACCGCUAAAGAGAUUGAAGUGAUCUCUACUUCCAAAUCAUCCUACGUAGCUGAUGGAAAGGAGAAUGCUCGACCCUCAAGAGAAGACCGUGUUCUUGAACACACUGAAAUUUUUGAUGACGACAUUGUAGAUCUCGCAUCAGACGGACGAGUACAUGCACAGCACGAAUCGCCACUUCAUUUAGAUACACCAAUUAUUGUCAUGCCUCCUCCAACGUUACCGUCUCUUCAGACAGAUUUUCCCUCCACAUUAGCGUCAGGCAUGUUGACUCCCAUUGGCCAGGAACCUCAAAGCCCUGUCAUAAAACCGCUGGACUCUUCUACCUUGCCGCUACCUUCCCCUUUUCCCGGCGACAGAGAUGGAAACGGCAUCUCGUAUCUCGAUCGCCCUGGCCCCUCCUAUGAAUAUGCUCCGUCCGUAGGUACAUCCAGGCAAGAACAAGAGACUUUAAGCGAAGCCAGCUAUUUUGUUGAGUCGAGCUUCUACAGCUCGGUAAGCGCGGCCAACGCCUCUACAGUACAUCCAACUCACGAGUCCGCUUUCACGGAUGUAAGAUUCCAGUUCGGUAUCGACGGCUCUGUCUUCUCACGCGAGAAGGCACCAUUAAAAUCUCCCUCUCCAGAAGAUGUGUAUACCGACGACGAAUCUCAUCCCGAGAGUGCAAUGGUACGCGGGGGCUCCCUAGAUUGGAUGGCAAACCAAAAGGCGCAUCAAAUGAAAGAAGCAAAAGCGGAUGAAUUGAUAGAUAGGAAGGUAGACCAAAGGGUGAACGGGAUGGUGGAUGGGAUAGCACAGGAGGAACCCAACCUCCAUGAAGCUUUCACCAAAAGCGAGGCCAAUGCUUCUAUAGUUGAACCGAUUCACAUGCACCAACAGUUAGAUAGUGUUUCUGCCGCUACAGAUUCACCACGGUCAGCUUCCAUACAGUCAACCCAACCUGAAGUGGUUGUUAUCUCCUCGGACGACGAGAUUGAUAGUAGUACGGAUGUCAGCCAAUCUGAUUCCGAGAUGGAGGAUGACGCAGAGCUAGCUAGCUUAGAUGAUGAGAAUCUGUCGACUGGGGACGGCGAUGAUCAAGAGGACGCAGAGCAAGAAGAAACCCAUCGGUCAGGGGUUUUGUCUCAAGUGAUCGAUCUUGGUUCAGAUUCCGAGGACGACAGCGAUGAUAAUGAGGAAGCGAAGGAAGGUCCGGCUGCCACCAUAAACAAGGACGAAAACGAGGACUUUAGGCCAUCAGGCCCUUUUGACCCUAAUACGAUCGAAGCUGAGACGUUUCAUUGUUCCCCCUCGCGCGCAUCUGCGCUAAGAGAGACACAACAAGGCAAGGAAAAUGCCCCAUACGCUGGCAGGGGAGAUAUGUCAGCACCUAUGGCCGUCUUGGAUAAUACUGACAGAAACGAAGACUCGGGUUGGAUUGAUACUGAUGAAGUGGAUGUUCACCAGAGCCAACUGCCAUCAACCAUAGCCACAGGCAAUCAAGGCAAAGUCCAGGGUGGAGAUUUUAAUGAUAACGACCUUCCUAUUGCUAUGAAUGAACGAGGUGGUCUUAGCCCGGACGCCAUGUCGACACAAGGAGCUAUUCCUGAGACUCUAGACACUGUCGAUCACGAUCCAGAUGUCAAAAUGGAGUCCAUUGAGGAAGAGUCAUCAUUUCUGUUCAAUGAGCCGGAUCAUUCACAAAUGCAGGACGAGGACGAAGACUCUGUUGCUGGCUCUUCUACGGAGCUUACGAUAGCUGUACCUGAAGAAGGCCAUAAAUUAGGGGAACUGCAGCUGAAAACUGUGGCGGCAACAGGACCAUCCAGAAACACGAGGUCGAAGACAAAGGCCUCUCUAUCUCCUGUAAAGAAUGAUACUCCCGCAUCACAAAACAAGCCUCAAUCGAGAAGGACGAAGACUUCUCUUACUUCAGUAGUGCGGGCCACUCAAUCUCCUUCCAGGACAACACGUUCUACUAUCUCAACAGUGAAAGGACGGGUUCCUGCCUCGUCCUAUGGUCUCCGAUCCCGAUCUAAGAAUCCCUCUCCAAUGAAGAUUGCACCAUCGAAGAGCAUUGCCUCACCUGAAAGCCCCCGCAGGUCACAACUCACGGAGAUAUCGAGCGCAUUGUCGUCGCAUCUGAAGGACGCGUUUGCUAAACUGGAGCCAACUCCCUUUGAGCCUAUCGAAUUCCCCGAUACAAGCUUCGGGCCAUCCCAAGAACUUGGUGCUAUUCAAGGCAAGUUCGCCAAUGUGUCUUUUGUGAGGGACUCCGAAGAGGGUAGUUUUGACUCAGCUCAUUCUCUCUCUACCAUUCCUUACUCUGACGAUUUUGAUGGGUUUGGCACGCAGACAUAUCUUGAUCUAAGCGAUUCAGGCUACCCUACAGCUAACACUCGAGAUGCAGUUGCGAUGUAUCCAACAAUCCCGCCCACUGAUGGAGAUUCUGCGACAGAAGUAAACGCUCAACCUGAGGCGAAAACCAAGUGGAAAGACUUACCGCCAAAUUCUGUUUCGCAGGAUCGUGGAACACAGCGUCGACCCUCUUACUCGUCUAUCACCCACAAGUCCUUUAGUAGCCCUAUCAAAUUGCGAGGCGCGAGAAGGAACGUUUACCACUCUUCACCCGAUCCCCCCGAAGUAUUGGCAGUUUCUACAGACGAGUUGCUAGGUGAAGUUACACCGAAAGUGAGGUCGCGGGCCAAACAGAUCGCGUACCCGGAGCUCCCAGUCGAAGCCAUCGUUCAGGUUCCAAGUUCUCCACCUGCCGCGAUCGACCCUGAGUGGCAAGCCCGAAUGACUACAGCCGCAAGUGAAGAUAAUGAGGAGCGAAUUCCAAGUUCACCACCACCAAUCGGUGAAGCUGGGCAGAUGUCAACGUCGGUCAACCAGCAAUCGCUGAUGAACAGCAAUAUGCCCAUCACGCCUGACGCGACUCAGCAAUCGUUCAUCGAGUCUCAACCCACCUUUCAAACCAUGGAGCAGAACCUUCCAAUGACACCCGAGCUCACCCAAAACACGUCCGCUGGCUUGCGCACUAAUUCUUUCAAAAGCGAUGUGGAAAUGGAAGAAGUGUCCGCUGAAUCACUCAUCAAACCCCCUCCCAUCGCCAAAACAACACUCCGUCACAAUACCACCUCAGCGGACACCGCAUCUCGCGACAUCUCCCCCAGCAUCCACUCCGAAGACCUCUCCAACUCAGACGACGAAGCUGGCCUCGCCACAAACCUCUCCCCGCCAUCCAUCGGCCUCUCAACCCCGCUCCAAUACUAUACGCCCCUAAAAGACCUCUCUUUCUACUUAAACCGCUCUUCGCAAUUACACCCCGCCUCAAACCCUGAUGUCCUGGCGCUCGUAACCAGCCCCACGACACCCGCCAAGCGCGCAGAAAAAGGACCGAGGGAUUGGCACACCACGUUGCAAAUUACGGAUCUCUCAAGCUUUCCGUCUACCACCACCGUCCAGGUCUUCCGGGUAUAUAGCAUGGCACUACCGGUCGCGCAACCAGGCGAUGUGAUCUUACUGCGGAAAUUCUUGGUCAGGGGAUUGAAUAGGAAGGAGAUCUUGAUCAGUGGUGAGGAGAGCGCGUGGUGUGUGUGGCGCUAUGGGAGAUUGCUUUGGGGGAAGAAGAGUGGGGAGUUUGGCGAGGUGAGGGCGAGGGAGGAAGUAAAGGGGCCGGCUGUUGAGAGGGGGAGGGGGGAGUGGAGAGAAGUGGAGAAGCUGAGGGGGUGGUGGCUUGGGAGUGUACAGCUGGAGUUGGAGGGGCGGAAGGAGAAGGAGAAGGAGAAUGGGAUGGAGAUGAGGUGGAGGGUUAAUAGGGAGUUUAUUGGGAAGGGGAAGGGGAAAGGGAAAGAGAAAGAGAAGGCACUGGAUGGAGUUCCUGGGGAUGUGGAGACCUGAUUUUGCAUUCAAGGAUCGGGGUUUUUGUUGCUCUGCAUUUGCUGGUGCACGGGUUUCCGGGUUCGAUAUUCUGCCUGGGAGGGAGGGGUCCUGCACCUUGUGGUGUGAAAUUGGUGUUUUCUUAAUGGAUUGGGAAAAGCUGGUGAAAUGGUUGCAUCUCUUACGCCGCCAUGGAUGCACAUACACUAUAGUUAGCAUGUAAGGGGUACUCAAGGAGGAACAUUAGCAUAUCCCUAG